AGUACCCGGAUGAGUUGAGUCACCCGUGUUGACGUCACUCGCGCUCUGAAAAUGGCUGAGUCGGAAGAGGAGGUGGAUGUGUUGGUCCAGAGAGUUGUGAAAGACAUCAAUAACGCCUUCAAAAGAAACCCUAACAUCGAUGAAAUCGGACUCAUUCCCUGCCCGGAGGCCAGAUACAACAGAAGCCCCAUCGUCCUGGUGGAGAAUAAACUGGGAGUGGAGAGCUGGUGUGUCAAGUUUCUUUUGCCCUACGUGCAUAAUAAACUCCUGCUCUUCAGGCAGAGGAAGCAAUGGUUAGACCGGGAAGCACUGGUAGAUAUAACCUGCACGUUGCUUCUCUUAAAUCCAGACUUUACCACUGCUUGGAAUGUCAGGAAAGAGCUCAUGCGGUGUGGCAUGUUAAACCCGGAGAAAGACCUUUACUUGGGCAAACUAGCCCUGACGAAGCAUCCGAAAAGCCCAGAGACGUGGAUCCACAGGCGUUGGGUGUUACAGAAGCUACAGAAGGAGUGUUCUUCCUCUGGAUCAGAACCGAAGGGACAUGCUGAACCCAGGGGAGAUGCUGAGAUGAGGAGGCAAAUCGAGCGGCUGCAGAGAGCCACGCAGGAGGAGAUGAGAGUCUGCGCAGAUGCAGCCGGCCGUUACCCUAGCAACUACAAUGCUUGGUCCCAUCGCAUCUGGGUGCUGCAAAACAUGGCUAAAGGCAAUCUUAAGAUUUUGCACGAUGAACUGUCCUCCACCAAGCACUGGGUGUCCGUGCACGUGUCCGAUCACAGCGGAUUCCACUACCGUCAAUACCUGCUAAAAACCCUGGCUCAAGCCGGAGAGAAGGAUCAGCAGGCCAACGGAGAAGACACGGCAGGCACGUCCAAUGACAGUCAACGUAGCGAUGUCAUCCCUCAGCUCUUCCAUGAAGAGAUGGAGCUCUGCACUGACCUCAUCGAGUCGUACCCGGGCCAUGAGGCGCUGUGGUGCCACAGGCGUCAUGUCUUUUAUCUGUGGCAUCAGUGGAGGAGGGAGCUAGGAGCGCGGUCCCCACCUCUCACCCACACCGACGUCCUCCUUAGCAAGGAGACCUGUGAUGACGUCAGCAUCUCCCAGGCCAUGGACAUUGACUGCCUUCUGGACGGGGCCAAACACGGAAGCUACAUGCAGAAUACCAAGCGACUAAAGCGGGGACCACUGGCUCCCCACCCCGGACUUUCUUCCGAGCACACGUUCAUCUCUAGAAUCAUCACGGACUGCCGAAGCCCUGAGCAAAGCCGCUUUGCCGUCGCCUACGGAAAGUGGCUGGAUUCUGUUAUAGGUCAGUAGCGUGAGGAACAGUCAGGUGGGAGAGCUGUGAUAGGUCAAUUUUAUUUCUGGCUCCGACCACCUACACCGGGCUCCCUGGAGCGACUGGACUCCAUGCCGAGAGAUUCUGCUGGACAAAUUCCCUCUCAUGAUGAAAACCCAUGACUAAAGUGUUUCAGCUAAUUUAGUUCAGGUACUGAAUAUCUCAGGUCAGGUCUUGCGCUCUUUUUUUUUUCCGAUGGAAAUCUGUGACUAUCUUCAUAUAUGUUUUUAUACUGUUAACAGUCUUCCAUCAUAAAUCAAUUGCAGUGUGUUCUCCUCAUCCAGUCUGCUGUUUUGUGAUUUCUGUCAGGAGUCUUAAAUGCACGCUGUGGUGCGCACUAAAGAGAGCACUCUGACCCAGUUUCCCUCUUUGUUUAAUUGAGUCCGACCGGCUCUGAAUCCUGCGUACGGCUGCUCUCUCUUAACUUUUGUACAGAAGCAUGGAAAUUUUACUAUGAAUAUCUUAAUGUUUUGCUACAAUUGGUAACAAGAGCACAAUCACAGUUUAAAGAUGACAUAAAAACCUAAACUUUUCAUGAAACUAAUGUUUUAAAUUACUUAAAGGGACAGUUCACCCAAAAAUGAAAAUGAUUUACUCACCCUCAAGCCAUUCUUGAUGUAUACGAUCAUCUUUUUUCAAACUAACACCAUAUUAUGUAUAUUAUCGAGUUAUAGUAGAAAAAUGUCCUGGUGGUUCCAAGCUUUAUAAUGUUAGUAAAUGGUGCUUCGGAUUUGAAGCCCAAAAAAGUGCAUCAAUCCUUCACAGAUGGAAUCCACACGGAUCCAGUGGGAUAAUAAAGGGCCUUCUUAGGGCGAUCUGAUUUUGUAAGAAUAAUAUCAAUGGUUAAAACUUUGUAAAUUUAAAGGUUGUAAACUAAAAGAGAAAGGACGUAUGACGUAGUGUCUCGUGCGCUACGUCCUAUGUCAUACGCUGAAAACGCACUCUCUGGUGAACACGUGUCGGCCAUGUGGAUUAUUUCUGUGAAGGAUGGUUGCACUUUUUUGGGUUUCAAAUCAGAAGCACCAUUUACUUCCAUUAUAAAGCUUGGAAGAGCCAAGACAUUUUCUAAUGUUACUUUGAUUGUGUUUGUCUGAAUAAAAGAUAAUCAUAUACAUAGAAAAUGUCCUGGCGGUUCCAAGCUUUAUAAUGGUAGUAAAUGGUGCUUCUGAUUUGAAACCAAAAAAUGUCCAUCAAUCCUUCACAGAUGGAAUCCACACGGCUCCAGUGGGAUAAUAACGGGCCUUCUAAGGGUGAUCUGAUUUUGUAUUAAAAAAUCAAUGUUUAAAACUUGAUCAAUUAAAAUAACUAGCUAUCGGUAACGACUGAGGGGUGUUCACGAGAGAGUGCGUUUCCAGAUGUAGUGUCUCGUCUUAUCUCCGCCACAUCUCGUGCACUACGUCCUAUGUCAUACGCUGAAAACGCACUCUUUGGUGAACACAUGUUGGCCAUGUGGAUUAUUUAUCUGAAGGAUGGAUGGACUUUUUUGUGCUUCAAAUCAGAAGCACCAUUUACUUCCAUUAUAAAGCUUGGAAGAGCCAAGACAUUUUCUAAUGUUACUUUGAUUGUGUUUGUCUGAAUAAAACAUAAUCAUAUACAUAGAAAAUGUCCUGGCGGUUCCAAGCGUUAUAAUGUUAGUAAAUGGUGCUUCUGAUUUAAAACCCAAAAAAAUCCAUCAAUCCUUCACAGAAGGAAUCCACAUCGCUCCAGUGGGAUAAUAAAGGGGUUUCUAAGGGUGAUCUGAUUUUGUAAGAAUAAUAUCAAUUUUUAAAACAUUGUAAAUUAAAAAUUUAUAAAUUAAAAGAGUGUGCGUAUGACGUAGUGUCUCGUCUUAUCUCCGCCACAUCUCAUGCACUAUGUCAUAUGCUGAAAAUGCACUCUCUGGUGAACACGUGUUGGCCAUGUGGAUUAUUUCUGUAAAGGAUGGUUGCACUUUUUUGGGCUUCAAAUCAGAAGCACCAUUUACUUCUAUAAUACAGCUUGGAACAGCCAGUACAUUUUCUAAUGUAACUUUGAUUGUGUUUGUCUGAAUAAAAGACAAUCAUAUACAUCGAGGAUGGCCUAGGGGUGAGUAAAUCAUGGGGUAAUUUUUAUUUUUGGGUGAACUAUCCCUUUAAACCAUAUUCUGCACAUGGAACUAAUAUACUGAAUUUCUCUCUUAGAAUUUUAGAUUGGGGGUCCUGACCUCCUGAACAGGCUAUUUGUAUUUCUAAAAAAAGUAUAAAUUUGGAAUGUUUAAGUCUUCAAGCACAUUCGUCACUCAUUACAGUAACAAAGGGCAAGCAGACGCGAACAAAAGUCCACUUUACAUGAAGCAUUUAAGCACAAAUUUGGCUUAUAGUUCAUCCAGGUGGCCACACAGACGCAUGGGUUUUCACAAUGAAAGGGAAUUGCAGAAACAAACGUGGCUGAAGAAACGAAAGGCCAUCUGGUGCAGAAUGGUGCUUAUUCUCUGCAUCGGAGGACCGGGGAUCCUGAAGGGCCUGGAUUUAAAAAUGCUGCUUUUUGUUUAACACUAUUUUGAACUUAAAGUAUAUUUAUGCAAACGUUGAAAGUGAAAUGUCUGAGCUAAUAAGCUGUUAGAGACAGUUGUGAUCGACUCACUCAGUAAUUAUUAACUUGUAAUAAACUUUGAAGUUUCACAGGC